AGUGCUUCUUAAUGCUUUAGAGAUUUCUAAGAUCUUCUGUUGUGGUUCUAAAGUCUUGUAGGGCCAACUUUACGACCUUUCUCCCCCUAUCUAACUUGCGGAUGUCAGGAUUUCUUCAGGUGAACUAGCAAUGGAGUUGGAAUCUUGUGUCCCACCCGGCUUCAGAUUCCAUCCCACAGAGGAAGAACUUGUGGGGUAUUACCUAGCAAGGAAGGUUGCUUCACAGAAGAUCGACAUAGAGGUUAUUCAAGAUGUCGAUCUAUACCGAAUAGAGCCAUGGGAUCUCCAAGAUAGGUGCAAGUAUGGUAAUGAAGAACAAGCUGAAUGGUACUUCUUCAGCUACAAAGAUAGAAAGUACCCAAGUGGAACACGCACCAAUAGAGCCACCGCAGCUGGAUUUUGGAAGGCAACCGGCCGAGACAAGCCAGUACUUUCAAAUUCUAGAGUUAUAGGGAUGAGGAAGACCCUUGUGUUCUAUAAAGGACGUGCUCCAAAUGGGAGGAAAACUGAUUGGAUCAUUCAUGAGUAUCGUCUUCAAUCAAAGGAAUAUGGACUGAUUCAGGAAGAAGGAUGGGUUGUAUGCCGAGCAUUUAGAAAACCCAGUCCCAAUCAAAGGCAAUGCUUCAACAACUAUAAUCCUACUUGCUACAACAACAAUGAUGCCCAACGUGGACUAGGAUCGCUUGUAAACAUUACUAGUCCAAACCGUUUCAUGGAAUCCUAUCCAGGAGGCAACCUCCAAGAGCAACCUACUGGGUGUGGGGGAGAUCUUGAGUCAAAGAACACACUCCUCAGCCAUGUUCUUGUGCUUCCACAACUAGAGAGUCCAAGGUUAUCGACAAGUUUGUCUGCUAAGGAAUGCUUUGAACCUAAUGUUCGGAGUGUUCCGAGUGACGAAGAGCAUGCUGCCACCAGAAGUGACUGUGAGGAGCAACUAAUCGAUUGGAAGGUGUUGGACAAGUUGCUUUCAUCGCAGUUAAAUGAAUCAGCUUCUUCAAUUGUUCCAGUGAAUUAUGAUGCAGGUGCUCAAAGCCAGGGAGAUCAUUUUCUUGCAUUGUUUGAUAGAUCGUAGUGGCGACUCUCUUGUUUCAAUGGUUAUGCUGCUAAUACUAUAAGGUGCAAAGGUCAAGAGCUACUUGAUUUGUAGCUACUAUUGCAUUUCAGGUACUGAGUAGAGAAGAACUCAUUUCAUGUUGUCUGAAGCCUUCGUAGGUUGAAUUUGUUGUGCGCUAUUGUGAGUCGUUCUUUAGCAAAUAAGUAGUACUGUUAUCUGUAAAAAAAAAAUCUGAAAAUGUGUUGAUUA